UCUGUGGUCCAACUGGCUUCAGAUGGCGUGUGUAUGUGCGUGUGCCUGCCUUCUGAGUGUGUGAGACGAGCUGGGAUCAUGAGCCAGGGUUGUUCCAAGUGGUUUUAAUCAGCAGCCCAUUAGAGCAGAACGGAAAACUUCUAACAGGAUAAGAACCGAGUAAGUAAACCUAACUUUGAACUCACAAUCUGGACAAAACAAAUGCAAAUGAAAAUCUUCAUAGCCUGUCAGUUUUCAGAUAAAUGAUGACUUUUAGAGAGAAAGCUGUGCAUGCUGACAGGAAGGAGGUAAUUUAAAAGGACUGGAAUGAAGGAAACUGUAAAAACAAAGUGGGAAUUGAGAAUGCAAGAGAGAAAAAAACAGCAAACGAUUGUUCACGAAGUUGGUACACUCUCUUACUCGUUUCAGCUGUGGACAGGACAUAUUGAGCUUUAACCUCUUGCUUUCUUGGAUACUGUUGUCUGGCUGGGACUUCCUUCUGGAAAGGGGGUGAAGAUUUCUGCUCCUCACCUGUCUGCCAGCAGGUCUGUUCUCCCGGGGGCGUGGUGUGGACGACCUCCUUACAGAACGCCCCAUGGCAUGCUGCUGCUAGCCGCUGCUCACUUGCUGUUUCUUCACAGGUCGUUCCUGUACCCCCAUGGGAGGGUACUUCCAAAGCCUCUGCUCCUCUGGAACCCGUGACUUCUUGCCAGGCACCAGGAAAGCACUCAGCAGCAGAAGUGGGGGAAACUCUCACUAGUUUUGGGUAAAGCGUGCCUUUGACUUUUUUCACCCUGGCAAGACGUGGCUACUUGGACUGCAUCUGCAAUGUGGCAAAGGGUGAAGUGAGGACGGCAAAGAGGCCAUGGUUUGUGGGCAAGUCCCCAGGUGCCGCAGGCUUUGUCGCCCUCGUCCCUUCCUUCUGGCCUUAGUGGUGGCCAUCUGUCUGUUCUGCCAGACCCUGACUCCUCUCAUGACCAGCAGCAUCCUUUCGGCAGUCAUUAAUGGGAUUGCACCCAAUAAACUGACUAAAACACAGCAAGGAAGAUACAAGGAGGUCUCCCCAAGCAACACUCACUGCUUCCUUCCUGGCAGUAAUUCACAGACAGUGAAAAAGAUCAAUGACUCCAUUCUCCAGUACUUUAGAAGCCAUACAAGAAGAGCAGUUCUGUACGCACCUCCUGCUCACCGUGAAACCGACCGUCAGCUCUGUCAGCGCAUCCUGGCAAAACAUGGAUAUACAGUCACAGUCCUUGAAAACAGGAGAUUGAUGGAAGAUCCCAGGCUUGAGGGUCCUUAUCACAGCCGCGUAAGCCCUUGGGAUAUUUUGAUCUGCUUAUCUUCCAGAAAAAAUGAUGGUACUGGCUGCAUUCAAAUAGAAGAGUUGCAUCAUCUAGAAUUAUUCCAGAAGGUAAACCUACUUCCAGAAAUCCAGCAUUUCCUUUGCAGAAAAGAGGGAUUAUGCCAGAUAACAAAAGCUUUUUCAGACCUCCAGCUUCCAAUCAUCACCCCAGAGUGCACCGGCCGGCCUGGGCUGUCAAGGGCCAGCACCGUAAGCAACAUGUCCCUGGGCGGCGAAAGCACUGACAGGACACGUACAGCCCAUCUGCAGUACUGGUGGAAGCAGAGCAUGAGCAAACAGCUGAAUCAAGUAUCAGCUUCACUAGACCACAAGGACAUCCUUAAAGCUCAAGAUGUUUCUGUCAUCAUCAAAGCAUACGUGCUUGUGACAUCCUUAACACCUCUGAGGGCAUUCAUUCAUUCAACCGCCACUGUCUGGAAUCCACCCAAGAAGAAGCACUUUUCUGUAAAGCUGAAAAGGUUUUUUGAGAUAUUCUUCAAAAGCAGUUCUCCCCAACAAGCCUUCAACAACAUGAAGGAAGCUAUAAGCAAACUUCUACUUAUAACUGAGGUCUUCAGUGAAUCAUCUGCCUCAGGACCAAAUUCUUUCAAUCAAUGCAGACAAUGUUUUCAAAUGUUAACCUUUGACAUGGGAUUUGGAACCUCCACAUACCCAGUAGUUCUUGAGGUGCAUGAAAACUUUGACUUUCAAGAUGAGGAUGAAUCAAAUAUUCAGGACCAAACUUUCAAAGAAUUUCUUCUUGAAGAUACUUUUAAAUUUCUCUUAUCUAAUGAAACCUCAACAUCCAGUUUUAUGGAAGCUUUACAAAAAAUAUAUGGAUCACCUGUGAGCAAGGAUGGAACUUACCACAGAGAAGAUGAGCAAUGUUUGUCUUUAGAAGAGAUAAAUUCAAUGCUUACUUUCAUAAAGGAGCUGAAGAAUCUUGGACAAUUUGAGCUGCUUUUCCCUUCUGCUGCACCCAAGAUUCAAACUUUACUGCGUGACCUUUAUCACAUGGUAGACCCAAUGAGGCGGCUUGGUUCAGUCCUGACUGUGCAUUGGUUGCUUUCCAGUAUGCUUGAACAAUUCCAGUUGAUUACUAAAGAGACACAUACAAAUCCUUCAGAAUGGAAUUUUUCUCAAGAAAAUGAGAGUCCUAAGCAGAAUGUUCCUUCUGACUUCAAGAAGAACCAUGAAGCAUUGCAUUAUUCCAGUAAGACUAAAGAAAGGCAAUGCAGUUAUGAUAAAGAUACCCUAUCUCAUAUCAGGCAGAUCUUCACCAGUCCACAGCUGGACUUGAAUCCUCGGUUUAACCCAAAGAUCAAAGAAUACUAUGCAGAAGUCCCAUUCGACAUGGUGACAGUGAAGAUAGGAGCAGAACCCUCUAACUGUCAAUGCCAAGUACACCUUGACGAGAAGAAAGGGCCAAGCAUUGCUAACUACCCCCUUGGCCUUGGACUGAACAAAGUCAUCAUUCUCGUAACAGAUGAUUUGCAGCCCAGCCCUCAGGUUGUGAGCAGCUACAAAAUCACAAUUUAUCGAGAGGACCGCCCUAGUCUGCCUUUGUUUGAUGACUAUAUGAUGUGUGGGUUUGUGCAGGACUGUGGUUCUCGCAUUCGUCCAGAGGAGUCCUGUGGCUUGCAGCCUCUGUCUCAUGAAUACCUCUCAGCAAUUUCACGGACGGUAUUUAAGACCUGUGAAGCUGGAGACACAAAAGGGCAGUGGAUUGUCCCUUGCCUCAGCUGCUCUGACAACAGGACCUGCGACUGGAGAGAAAUAACGUGGCAGCCUCAUGGCUGCCGAUAUUCUGUGCUAGCGAAGCCCGAGCUCCAGCGCUGUGUGGAGGGCAGAAGGAUUCUUUUUAUAGGUGACUCAACUAACAGAGGGAUGAUGUACUAUCUAAUAGAAAGAGUGAAUAAGACUCUUCAGGAAUGGCAAAAGACCCAUGAUGUUAAAUGUUAUCAGAAUAUCAAUGAGGGGAAAACCUUUAUCAGUUACUCCUACUACCCCCAGUUCUGGAUGAAUGCAAACCAGAGACCAACUUUUGAAAAAGCACUAGAACAACUGCUGCAGAGAUCACGUCCCCUGGAGAAUACAGACCAGACCGUAUUAAUCGUAGGUGGUGUUCAGUGGCUUAAUUCCAAUCACCUGCAAAUCAUCCAAAAGGUGUUGAACAGGGAAAAUCUAUCAAAUAUCCUGGUAAUUAUCAAAUCCAUAGGGAUGGGCUUUCACCUCCCAGUGGAUGGAAUACAUUCUCUAUCACAGGCAGAAGUGCAAAACUUGUGGAAUGAAAACUUGAUUAUUCUGGAUACAGCAAAAAAUUUCGGCUAUGAAGUUGUUGACACCUUUGUCAUCACCAUGGGACGUUACAAAGAAUUCCUGCAAGGGAAGUGUGGCUGCCAUUUCCAUGAGAUCACAGAAGCUUUCUGGAACCUCUAUAGAAAAAGUCACGUUUAGCACACUAUGACGUUGCCUGUGAUGCUACAAGGAUCUUCAUUCUUAUGAACUGAAUCUGGGUUUCCUGUUUAACAAAAGACUAGGAAACGACCUCAGUUUGUUCCAUUACAAUCUGUUUAGGACCAUAAAACUUGAACUGUGGUAUCUUUCAGGAAGAUUUCAUUGCCUCUGCGUCAUCAAAAGAGAGAUGACACGUACAAAUUCUUUCACAGAAUGAAAUAUAGAAUGAGAAGGAAUUGUUACAGAAAGGUUAAAACUGGAGGGAAAAAAAGGAUGCAACAAAAGAUGUCUCUCUGAAACCGACAGUUAAUGGCUCUAUGGUGUUUCACAGUCAGACAGGGGCUUUGAGCCAGUAAGAAGCUACUAGUUGGAAGCAAUAUCUCAGGCAUUUGGUUACUGACUAGAAUAAUGACACAAGCAAUAUGAUGUGUCAUUUAGAAGACAGAACUCCAUAAUUUAGUUCUUGUGGAGAAAAUCCUAGAACAGUUUUUAUUAGAGUUUUCCAAAGUGCAUAAAUAUUAAAAAAGACUGUCACCCACAAAAAUGAAAUGCUAGCCUUUUUCCAGCAUGAAUUUAGGAAGUUGUUUUCUGUCAAAACAAAAUACUACAAAUAAGAGAGACCAACAAAUGUUUCCUGAAUCUCUCAGGAGAAGGAUAAAACCCUUUUGCUUCUUUUGCCAAGUCAUGCCUAUUUUCCUGUAAGCCUCACUCUUGGCCAAGGCUGUUCCCAGGACCUGGAUGUGUGCAGGGUUAGCACAGAAGCUCCGUAGAGCUUCACAGGCAAAGGUGGGCUGUGACACCAGGAAGGAAGUGGAAGCACUAAUUUUUGCUGUGAAGAAACGUCAGGACAGCUGUGAAAUAUUUUCCUUAAAGAUCAAAAAUAGCAAAGAUCUAAAAAUAAGGUUUCCUUCAUCAGACACUCACAGUAUACAAUGGAAAACAAAAUAUACUCUGGCUAAUUAAACCUAGGAGUAGUUUAAACUGAAAUUCAGUGGUGAUGAUAGUAAAAUUCAAGCAUAGGUUCUGAGUGUCCUUGUGGUGUCUGCUGGCCAAGGACUAGCAUAGCAAGCCUAACUAUUUUCUUGUUGCCAGUGGAUUAUAUUUAAUUCUCUCAGCUAUAGCAGUCACCUUUACAUAAAGCAGAAUACAAUAAUUAAUAACUAUAAGGCUUUGAUUUUUCUCCUUAAAUAUCACAGAAAGAGAUAUCGUGUCUACUGGACAACAAAUGCAUUCUCAAAAGAGAGUGGGAAGAAAAUCAGCUGCCACUGGUUGGGACUCUGUUCCAGUAUGAGGCUCACUGGGACUGAACAGAGGUUUGGGAGCAUUAUCAGACCCAUCUGACCUCACGUGCUGCGUGUCAACCUCACGUGCUGUGUGUCAACCUCACAGCUGGCUUCCACCUCAGGCUUCUCAGCAGCUCAGAUGUUUUCAGCCCAUUGCUGUGGCCUCUGUCCUGCUUUGGGACCAAACACAGCAGGCGUGGUUAGUUAACCAAUCCUUUAAUGUGCUCUGCUCAGUACAUCAGAGAGGCACGAACACAACUCAGUCCAAAUGGAGCUGGAAGAGAGGGAGUAAGUCACAGAGCAGAUAUUUAUACAAUGGAUAAAUAGUCCCGUAGAGUAAAUGCCUCCCUCCAUUUCACCCAGACAGCUAGAUUGACCCUUUUUUGUCUAGAACCCAGAUGUUGGUGUCUUCAUGGGUCACUGCUGAUGCUCACCAUUUCCACAGUGAAAUGGACAGCUUCAAAGUGAAAUAUUUCAGAUGCUUUGUAUGGAACUGGGUGGAAAACAGCAGGGCGUGAUCGGUCAUCAGCAUUUUUCAUGCACUCCUCCAUCAUUUUGUAUGAGGUCACGUGCAGAUUUGGCCUUGCUUCUCUGCCGGAGGAAUCUCAACAGAAUGUGUUUCUGGGGAGGAUCAGGGGAAAAUUUGGCUCGCAGAGCUGUUGUUAAUGAGGCUUGAGAGGCCAUUGUGCCUGAAAGAGGUAUAGAUGUGCUCGGGAGAAUCCAUCAGCCCCCAAAACCAGACUUGCUCCUUGAGUAAAGCAAAAAGAAAGAUCUUGAAUGCUUUUGAUACCUCGUUAGUUUUAACAGUUUUGUCAUUAGUUUAUGUCUGCAUCCUGGCCAGUGGAGUUUCAUCAGGUGCUGAAGCAGUUUGCACCAGGAAAAUGGCAUUUUGCCGCCGAGGAUGGAGCCAAGAACACUGUGUAAAACCCAGCACUUUUCAUGUUUUAUGAAACCAGAUGAAAUGGAUUAAAUCUACUGCUUUGUACUUUCACUUUCUUUCUGUUAAAAAAUGACCCCUAAGCUCCCAGGAGACGGCACCCCUCUGUAAAUGCCAUCUGAGCUAAAGCACGGCCGUGCAGGAGCAAAGGGCUGGACAUUCUGUGCAGUCAGAAAAACAUGAACGGAAAUGUAUUCAACAGUUGUUUAGUUCUCACUAGCUGGCCAAACAGAAAGCCAUUUCCCCUGAUUCAUCUGAUAAAUUAUUUGAGUCGCCACCAACCCAUUUCAGAGGGACUCGGGUCACCCUGGUAACAUAGAAAUCCACAGCUCUGUAGACCCUACAAUCUUUAUGCAGAUUGCCAAGGGAUCUGGACUCACAAAAGGAUUAUAGUGAUCUGGGACAAAAAAUCUUGCACAACUUUGUCACUUGCUGUCCAGACAUACUUCUAGUUCUAUGUACACAUGAAAACCUGAUUUUUUAAUUACCUCAUUCUUCACAAAUGCUUAUGGAGAGAGAGAUUGGCCAGCAGUUAUAAAGACCUUUAUGGAACCUAUUUUUUAAUUCAGAUUUAUUUCCUAAUUUAAUGGCAAUGAAAUAAUGGUCACAACAUAAGAACUAGCAACCUUGGGAUUUUGGUAUCUUAAUCAGUGGCUGCUUGCUGGAUGAACAUUAGAUUGCAUUCCUGGGAGAUUAUGCCUAACAGGAAUGCAGUUUGGGUGAUUGGUUCAAGGUGGCAUCGUUUUGAAAUAGUUGUAAGUUCUAAGGCACUAAUUUAGAAAAAUGAACCUGCAGUAACUGCAUGAAAACAAAUAACAGCCCUUGGCUUAGCUGUAUCGAAUUGAUCGGAGGAUAUAUUCAUUUUCUACAUGGAUAAUUCUUGGUCUUUUUUUAGUUCAGCCAGCUCCCUCAUAGUCUCUCUGCCCAGUCUUUCAAGCCUUUGUUCAUGUUAUUCCUUCACUCACAUUCAAUUUUGUAUGAGUUGUUUAAUUCAUUGUGAGCUUCGUUACAUAUGAACAUAGUUUCUCAUUGUUCAGUGACAAUAAAUAUACAAUAUAUUUUAAAAAGCUAAUAUGCUUCUGCAUAAAUAUAUGCAUUAAUAAAUGAAGUCUCCUUUUUCAAGUGUCUGCUGUGAUUGAUGUAGCAGGAAAACCGACAGGCAUCAGAGCUAACAAGUCAGCAUAUAUUUGCUCUUUUAAAAAUAAGGUAACCGCUUGGGCCCUUUCCAGCUGUCUCUGGAUUUGCCGACGCCUGGGUCAAGGUACUCUGUCCUGCACCUGUGCAAGGUUCUGAAGUUUUGUCUCUCUUGAAGUUGCUUCAUUGUUCACCACUGACGGUGUGUUCACUGGAAUGAGACCUUUAGCAUCUCACAGGACACCACCCCCACAAUCACUAGGCUCAUGACAACCAUACCUUUCCCUUGCUUUCUCGUUAGGCCCAUUGAUGCUUGUUUAUUCCAUACAAAUUGAACACGAUAAUCCCAGAGUUUUUACAUAUUUGGGGGGCCUAUGAGGAGCAUUCUUCUGCACUAAGUUAGUGAACCACAUGGUAGUUAUGUCAGUGUGAUGCACUGGGGAGAGGGAUGUUAAUCACACUGUAGCUCCCGUCUUGGAGAAACAUGACAUAUGACUGUUUUCAUCUCAACAUGGAGCUGGGCCAGGUUUGCAUCAAGACCUGAGAGUGAGACAUUCUCACAGGGCUCACAGCUGAGACACAGAAUAUAUUUCUCCAGUGCUUGGGAUCAGAGCAGGGUUUAAACCUUCCUGCAGGUCAGGACUGUCCUGAGUUUAUUUUUUCCCAUGGUAAAUAUACAGACAAGCUAUUAAGUAUUAAUUUUUUUGAUCAGAUAAAUUUUCCCUAAUGAAGAAUACAGAGUCUAAUAUACAAAGGCAUUACAGAAUCAACCAGCUGAGUAUAAUGGAACUACACAUUUAGAUUUCAAGGCUUAAGUGAAUAAGAUCUUGCAUUUUAAUUAGUAUGUAACAUAACAAGUUGGCCCACUAAAAUACUAUUUGUGAGCAAUUUGCAGCUCAAGGUACGGGUAUCAGGACCUGUUUUGUGGAGAACUGUCUCGGCAUUUCUGUACACACAGCUGUGUGUCUUACUAGGUGCAGGAAGAAAGCAUUCACAUAUGUCACUUCUU